GUUUUAGUUUCUGGGGUGUAUUAUACAAAGCGAGAAUGUGUCUUCAGCUGCGUGCCAUGUUUAUAGUAUGUGUAACUGUAAAGUCAAUCAGGACGGUUAAUUCAAGGGCACGUUUUUACUGUUGAGAAGAAAAAAAAACUCAAACGAUUAGUUCCUGUCAAAUCCUUUAGUGCAAUUUUUUGUAGAUUUAACUUAAACUGACAGUCAGCAAAAGGAAAGAAGGAAAUAACAGGUGCCAAGAACACCAGGUUUAGACUUUUCCAGGAGUUCUGUCAUUUCAAGAUUAUUUUGCAAUAGCAGACUCCCCCUGUUGGUGCAGACAGCAGGAAUCCAUGCAGGGUCCUGCCACUGCACUGUGGCGCCUUCAAUCACUGAAACAGAGGAACCCGACAGCCUUUAUAAGAAUGUGGCAGUGUUGGUGAAAGGCCAUGACAAAGCUGUGUUGGACAGUUACCAGUACUUUGCAACCCUCACAGCACAGGAGCUGGGCAUUAACACUGACAAAGUGUACGAGCCGCCCAAGAGGAUUGAAAGACUGACUCUCCUGAAAUCGGUUCACAUUUUCAAGAAACAGAGUGCAGUAUGAGAUGCGGACUUACUACAGGUGCAUAGAGCUGAAACAUUUGACUGGCUGCACAGCUGAUGUCUAUUUGGAAUAAAUCCAGCGGAACUUACCUGAGGGGGUUGCAAUGGAGGUCACUAGGACAUUAUUGGAAAAAUUACCAGAACACAUUAAAGAACCUGUAUGGAAUACAAUAUCUCAAGAGGAAGAAAAGCAAAGGCAGUGACCUUUGUUACUGCGUUUAUGGGCAGAAAGAACAGGUUGCUGUUUCCAGUCCAACACUUCUAGUCUACUAUAUCUUUGUGUUAAGCUGAAAAGGCAGCCGACAGAUUUUAAAAAAAAAAAAAAAAAAAAGGCACCUGUGUACGGCUUCAUCGGAUGUACAUUUCUGUAUUAGUCUGUGCCGCCUAAUUGAUACACUGAUAAUUUAUUUGGAUACAGUAUUCUGAAAUGCUCUGAAAAGUGAUUUCCUUUCAUCAAGAGAGGUUCACGUAGCGUCGUGCAGUGAUUACAUUGUGACUUGUGUAAAUUUCUUAAACCAGUGGUUUUAGCCUCACCUGUCAAUUGCGAGUUGUAAUCAUGGCUGAGAAGCGGAAACGAGUCGAUUUGCCUUUGGCUCAGAAGGUUGAACUCUUGAAGGCGCUGGAGUCUCCUGUAGUUUCCCAGGCUACUGUGGCAAAGAAAUUUGCCGUGUCAACAUCGCAGGUGUCUCGCCUUGUGAAAGGUAAAGUUGAAAUCCUGCAGCAGUUUGAAAACAAUGGCAAUCCGAACCGAAAACGUCAGAGAGCAGGCAAGAAUGAGGAGGUCGGCAACGCACUCUUCUUGUGGUUUAGACAGAAAUUAGGUCAGGGUGCUCGAAUCUCUGGCCCCACGCUGAAGCAAAAGGCUGCAGAUUUGGCGGCGGCUGAAGGAACAGACUUCAUGCCGUCUGAUGGUUGGCUUUCUCGAUGGAAGGCUCGUCACAAUGUAGUGUUCAAGAAAGAGGAAGGUGAGCGCCAAGAUGCUGAUUGGUUGGCUGCCCUGGACUGGAAGCGUAAAAUUCUGCCUCAAAUUCUCGAUUCGUACAGCCCCAAUGACAUCUUCAACGCAGACGAGUCUGGAUUGUUUUUCCGGGACUUUCCUGAAAAAGGUCACUGCCUUAAAGGAGAGGAGCUAGCUGGCAGCAAGAAAGCCAAAGAGAGAGUCACUGCAGUGCUCUGUGCGAACAUGUCAGGUUCUGAAAAGCGACCUCUGUUAAUCAUUGCCAACAGCAAACAACCACGCUGCUUCCCGAAGGAUCUAAACCGACUUCCAGUGGAUUAUGCUAGCUCGAAAAAGGCCUGGAUGACUGGCCAGCUAUUUCAGCAGUGGUUGCAGAAGUGGGACACGUCUCUUCGCACAAGGAAUCGCCAUAUAUGCCUCCUUGUUGACAGCUGCUCGGCACAUCCCUCAGACAUCCGUUUAACAAACAUCAAUCUCAAGCUUUUACCAUCCAACACCACUAGCGUGAUGCAGCCGAUGGGCGUGGGGGUGAUCAAAAACUGGAAGGCGCACUACAAGAGCCGUCUCAACCGUCGCAUCAUCACUGCUCUUGAUGCGGAUCCUGAGAAGAAAGAAAAGGAUGUUUCCAAGAGCAUCACACUGCUAGACGUGCUCUACCUGGCAAAGGAAUCGUGGAAUGCAGUCAGCUCACAGACAAUCCUGAAGUGCUUUCGCAAGAGUGGCUUCUGCAAGGACGAGGCAGCAGAUGUGUCUGAUGGGGAUGAUUCACUUGCAGGUGUUCCAGUUCCUGAAAACAUGACGGCUGAAGAAUUUGAGGAAUUCGUUGACAUGGACAAAGACGUCAAAACUGCUGCCGAUCAUACCGAUACUGAGCUUUUGGAGGCUGUAAGUGAUAGCAAGCGUAUCAAAGUUGAAAUGGCAGAGGAAGAUUCUGAUUCUGAUGACAGCAGUGCCCCACCACCUCUCACCUUAGCCCAGAAGUUGCAAAUGGUGACUCACCUUAGACAGUAUGUGCAGGAAAGUGGAAUGCAAGCUGCGCUACCCUUCCUGAGGAUGGUGGAAGACAAAGUUCAGUCCGAAGCAGCUCAGUCACAGAAACCGUGCACAAUUGACUCUUAUUUCAAAUGACAAAUUUACUGUAUUCAUACUGUAAUGCAAUUAUUUUUUAUUUUCAUUUAGAAAUAAAAAAUAUAUAAAAAAUUCUAGUGUGCACAUUGUAAAUUCUGAAUAUAAGUGUGACUAAUGGUCCUCUCAAAUGCCUCUCGAUUAAUUGGGACAGCUGCUUGUUCAGGAUAUAUCUCCCGAUAAAGCGACGCGGACUAAUUAUUACUGGGAUAUUGGUGAUGGAUGUUAGAAGUCAAAUUAAAUUGUGCCCCCCAAUGUAUCUUUGUUUCGUAAACUUGAUAAACCUUGUUUUUAAACAUCUUGAAAUAUAUAUUUUGUAAUAAUAGCUUCCUCCUUAACCAAACAAGUAUAACGUCCAUUUAAAAAAGUAUUAACUUGAAAUAUGUAAGUACAAUAUAAACCAGUGUUUAAAUUUUAGUAGCUGUGAGCAGCCUCCAAGUGCAUGUGAUUUAAGUAUAUGUAGAAAGCCUGAAUAGACAAGUUAGAUUACUACAUGUACAAGUGUCUUGGAGCAUGCAGAUUGUAUUUCAUUUCAUUUCAUGCAUCGCCCCUUUAAUGGGUUUGGUAUUGUUACCAAUGGAACUACAAAACCCUUUUACUGGGGAAGUGAAAAAAAAAAAAGAUGGGUAUUGUUCGCUUUUUCUCCUAUUAAUAUACCGUUGCGCUUUUAAUGUAUUUUUUAAAUGUAUUUUAUAAUAAAAUAGUUCUGUAUUUGUG